CACUCCCCUCUCUCUACACUACUCUCUCCUUUGUCUCUCUUUCCGUUUUCGAAUUUUGUUUUCUUCCUUCGUAAGCUUCCCUUCGAAAAAUGUCGUCUCGUGGUGGUCGCGGCGGCGGUGGAGGACGUCGAUCUGACCAGUCCCCCGGUCCCGUUGCGUGGCCUGCACUGCAAAGCUCCGGCGCUCGCGGCGGGAGAGGUCGCGGUAACGCCGCUCCCGUCGCUUCGAGCUCUUCGUCUCCUCCGUCGGAUGCUGUUUCCGGCGCCAUCGGAGCGGUUGACGUCGCUUCGUCGUCGUCCGUACGUGAGAAACCCAAGGCCUCGGCGUCUUCGGAUUCCGAUUCGUCUCUCGGUCAGGAGUUAGCGGAGAAAGUCCAGAUCACGACGGCUCCUCCGUCGUCGUCGAAGGCGGUGACGUUUCCGGUCAGGCCAGGGUUUGGUCAGGCGGGGAAGAAAGUGACGAUUCGCGCGAAUCACUUCCUCGUUCAAGUUGCGGAUAGAGAUCUCUAUCACUACGAUGUGUCAAUCAGUCCCGAGGUUAUUUCGAAGAAGGUGAACAGGGACGUGAUGACAACGUUGGUGAAGACGUACGGAGAAUCACACAUGGCGAAGAAGAUUCCUGCGUAUGACGGCAGGAAGAGUCUCUACACUGCUGGGCCUCUCCCUUUUGAGUCUAAAGAGUUUGUUGUGGAUCUGAACGACAAAAAACCUGCUGCGUCAUCUAAGAGGGACAGGAAGUUCAGAGUUGCUAUAAAGCUGGCGUCAAGGCCUGAUCUUCAUCAGUUGCAGGAGUUUCUCCGUCGGAAACAGAGAGAUGCUCCAUACGAGACCAUCCAAGUUUUGGAUGUUGUACUCAGGGAUCUGCCAUCCCAAAAGUUUGUUUCCGUUGGGAGGUCUUUCUUCGACCCCAGUUUGGGAAGGAGGGGUGAGCUUGGUGAUGGUGUUGAGUACUGGAGCGGGUAUUUCCAAAGUCUAAGACUCACUCAGAUGGGACUGUCUCUCAACAUUGAUGUGUCUGCUAGAUCUUUCUAUGAACCUAUCCUUGUCACUGAAUUCAUCGGCAAGUACCUGAAUCUGAGGGAUUUUAGCAGGCCACUGAGGGACUCGGAUCGUGUCAAGGUGAAGAAAGCAUUGAAGAGCUUAAAAGUUGAAUUGGCACAGUUUGACUUCGCAAGAAGUGUCAAGGUCAGUGGGAUUUCCAGCUGUCCCAUCAGCGAGCUAAGGUUCACGUUAGAGGACAACACCCAAAAAACUGUUGUGCAGUACUUUGCUGAGAAGUAUAAUUACAGAGUGAAAUACCCGGCUCUACCUGCUAUCCAAUCAGGGAGUGACUCAAGGCCUGCUUACUUCCCAAUGGAAUUAUGCCGGAUAGCUGAAGGCCAGAGAUACACCAAAAAGCUGAAUGAGAGGCAGGUGACUGCGUUGCUAAGAGCUACCUGCCAAAGGCCUGACAUUAGAGAGAAUUCGAUCAAAGGGAUGGUCAAGAAUAAUAAGUAUAACGAGAUUGAUCUUGUGAGGAAGGAGUUUGGAAUGUCAGUUACUGAUCAGCUAGCCACAGUUGAGGCUCGGGUCCUACCUCCACCCCUGUUGAAAUACCAUGAAAGUGGCAGAGAAAAAAUGGUGAAUCCAAGGCUAGGACAGUGGAACAUGAUUGACAAGAAAAUGAUUAAUGGAGCAAGAGUUGCAUCUUGGACUAGCGUGUGCUUCUCUACUAGGAUUGACCGGAAUUUACCACAAGAGUUUUGCAAGCAAUUGAUUGACAUGUGCGUCAGCAAAGGAAUGCAAUUCAAUCCACAGCCUGCUAUUCCGUUCAUCUCUUGCCAGCCUCAAAGAAUUGAGGAAGCACUUUGUGAUAUCCACAAAAGGGCACCUGGUCUUCAAAUGUUGAUUGUAAUAUUACCGGAUGUCACUGGGUCAUACGGGAAGAUCAAAAGGAUAUGUGAAACAGAGCUAGGGAUAGUAUCCCAGUGUUGUCAACCAAAUCAAGUUCGUAAACUCAACAAGCAGUACAUGGAAAAUGUCGCAUUGAAGAUUAAUGUCAAGACUGGGGGACGGAACACAGUCCUUGAUGAUGCCAUUAGAAGAAGGAUUCCUCUGAUUAGUGAUCGCCCAACCAUAAUCUUUGGUGCUGACGUGACUCACCCUCAACCUGGAGAGGACUCGAGUCCUUCUAUUGCUGCGGUUGUGGCCUCGAUGGAUUGGCCUGAGAUAACCAAGUAUCGUGGGCUGGUGUCUGCUCAAACUCAUAGGGAAGAAAUCAUCGAGGACCUGUAUAAGCUGGUACAGGAUCCUCAGCGAGGGCCAGUCCACACUGGUAUGAUAAGGGAACAUCUGAUCGCAUUCAGGAGGGCUACAGGUCAAAAACCUCUGAGGAUCAUAUUCUAUCGCGAUGGUGUGAGUGAAGGACAGUUUAGCCAAGUGCUGUUGCAUGAGAUGACUGCUAUACGCAAGGCGUGUGCCUCUCUCGAAGAGCGUUAUCUUCCGCCUGUAACGUUUGUGGUCGUCCAGAAAAGACACCACACACGUUUGUUUCCUGCUCAACACGGGAACCGUGAGACAACUGAUAAGAGUGGGAACAUUCAGCCAGGUACCGUCGUCGAUACCAAAAUCUGUCAUCCCACGGAGUUCGACUUCUAUUUGAACAGUCACGCUGGCAUUCAGGGAACAAGCAGGCCUGCACAUUACCAUGUGCUUGUGGACGAGAACGGGUUCACAGCUGAUGCCUUACAAAUGCUCACCAACAACCUUUGUUACACGUUUGCGAGGUGUACGAGAUCUGUUUCAAUUGUGCCACCGGCUUACUAUGCACACUUGGCUGCAUUCAGGGCUCGUUACUACAUGGAAAGUGAGAACUCUGAUGGAGGUUCAAGCAGGAGCAGGAACACAACCGCAAGCACGAGUGCUGUUGUCUCGCUUCUUCCAGCAACCAAGGAUAACGUCAAGGACGUUAUGUUCUACUGCUGAUCAGACACUUCCUUGGCUACUAGCCAACAGAAAGGAAUGAUAAAUAAUGAACGCUCUCGCUUCCUUUCGGUUUUGGUUUUUUCAUAACUUAUCUUUUGGGGUUUAGCUGUGAAUAUUUUGAAUGAUGCGGCUAAUAUUUUCUCUUGGGAUUCUUAUGCGUUUUGGUCGGUUUUCGUUGAUGACCUGACUUCAAGUUUGUCGUUGUUGAAAAAAGAAAAGGGUUUAACUAUGGGUUUUCUUUUAGACUGUUCUGACUCAGAAGUUGAACAUGUAUCUUUCUGUGUUAAUAACUUAAUCGGUGAAUCAUCUUAUGCAUUUUUUUUUGUUCC